AUGGAGGGGCUGCCUCUCCCCACCCCUCACCUCAAUAACCUCAUCCACCAGCCCCUCUCCUGGGGGUCACAGCUCUUCUCCUCUCUGGUGCCUGUGUCUGGAGUGGCCAUGCCUGGUGUCCCCAAAGUAUCCCCAGGGCUCCCGCUCUACGACGCCGCCUGCCAGGCCGCCCAGGAGGUCGCCGAGAGGAUCCAGGAGCGGAACCGGUGCCAGCGGAACGGGGAGAGCUCAGCCAAGCUCAACGUGGUUAUCAGAGCAUUGCUGCAGAACCUGCGGGAGAAGAUUGAUCAGCUGAAGGACUCGCUGCUUCGGGCUGUGUCAACACACCAAAUCACGCAGCUGGAGGGAGACAGGAGGCAGAAUUUGGUGGAUGACCUUCUCACGCGACAGAAACAACUGCAGGCAUCUUACAAGAAUGAAGGCCCAGAACCAGAUGUGAUAAGAUCCAGCCUGAUGACGGGAGGGGUCAAACAAGGUGUAACCAACCCAUGGCUCUUGGAAGAAUCUGAGGAAACCAGAGGACUUGGCUUUGACGAGCUCAGGCAGCAGCAGCGAAGGAUCAUAGAAGAGCAAGAUGCUGGACUUGAUGCUCUUUCUUCAAUCAUAUCCCGGCAAAAGCAAAUGGGGCAGGAAAUUGGGAAUGAGCUGGAUGAACAGAAUGAGAUCAUCGAUGACCUCACUAACUUGGUGGAAAACACAGACGAGAAACUCCGCAACCAGACACGGCAUGUGAAGAUGGUGGACAAGAAAUCAACGUCCUGUGGUUCCCAGUGUGGCCGCAGCACCCAGGCAGCAGUGCUGGCUGACAAGCCUGUCUCUUUAACUCUGGAGCCAAUGCUGGCUGUGCUGGAGAAUUUGAGAGGAGGAGGAGAAUGGGAGAGGUGA